UAACAAGUUUACCAAUUUAACAAGUUUAACAAGUUUAACAAGUUUAACAGUUAGUUUAGGUAUGAUACUCCAAAUGGCAAGGCUGGCGAGGCUGGCUUGGCUAUACCACCACCCACCACCACACCACAGUAAAGAGUACUUUCAACCAUAUGGCAUUCCACCACUAUUCCAAUGUACUCCCAACCUAUGACGGUAGACUUCGUUGCUGUUCCAGCUCGUGGCCCAAUGAAAAGCUUUAGAGCUCCGACCCCGCCUCGCUCACCUCACCACCCAACUCAACUCAACUCUCCUAAUCUCGUCCCAUCCCACCAAAACACCCAUCUCCCCCCUCCCAAAAAUCAACAAAUCAUCCUAUCCUAGCAAAGAAAACAAAGAAAACUUCAAAGAAGAUCUCUCACCUUCCCAUCAAGAUAAUAAAAAACGCGUCAUUAUGCCUAUCACCAAGGUCCACGCUCGUCAGGUCUACGACUCUCGUGGAAACCCAACCGUCGAGGUUGACGUUGUCACUGAGACCGGUCUCCACCGUGCCAUUGUCCCUUCGGGAGCUUCCACUGGCCAGCACGAGGCAUGCGAGCUCCGUGAUGGAGACAAGACCAAGUGGCGCGGAAAGGGUGUCUUGAAGGCUGUUGAGAACGUCAACUCCAUCAUUGGCCCGGAGUUGAUCAAGAAGAACGUCGAUGUCAAGGACCAGAAGUCCAUUGAUGACUUCCUCGUCGAGCUUGAUGGCACCACCAACAAGACCAAGUUGGGCGCCAACGCCAUCCUUGGUGUCUCUUUGGCCAUUGCCAAGGCCGGUGCUGCUGAGAAGGGCAUCCCACUUUACGCCCACGUUUCCGAUCUUGCUGGCACCAAGAAGCCAUACGUCCUCCCCGUCCCAUUCCAGAACGUCCUUAACGGAGGUUCCCACGCCGGUGGCCGUCUCGCUUUCCAGGAGUUCAUGAUCGUCCCAUCGCAGGCACCUUCCUUCUCCGAGGGUAUGCGCUGGGGAUCUGAGGUGUACCACACCUUGAAGACCCUCGCCGUCAAGAAGUACGGCCAGUCCGCCGGAAACGUGGGUGAUGAGGGUGGUGUCGCACCAGAUAUCGAGACUGCCGAGGAGGCUCUUGAGCUCAUCACUGAUGCCAUCAAGGAGGCCGGUUACGAGGGCAGGAUGAAGAUCGCCAUGGACGUUGCGUCCAGCGAGUUCUACAAGGAGGACGCCAAGAAGUACGAUUUGGACUUCAAGAACCCCAACAGCGAUCCCGCCAAGUGGAUCAGCUACGAGCAGCUUGCCGACCUCUACAAGAAGCUUGCUGAGACCUACCCCAUCGUCAGCAUCGAGGACCCAUUCGCUGAGGACGACUGGGAGGCGUGGAGCUACUUCUACAAGACCUCCGACUUCCAGAUUGUCGGUGAUGACUUGACCGUCACCAACCCCAUCCGCAUCAAGAAGGCCAUCGAGCUCAAGUCUUGCAACGCCCUCCUCCUCAAGGUCAACCAGAUUGGUACCCUCACCGAGUCGAUCCAGGCCGCCAAGGACUCCUUCGCCGCCGGCUGGGGCGUCAUGGUCUCGCACAGAUCAGGUGAGACAGAGGAUGUCACCAUUGCCGACAUCGUUGUCGGUCUCCGCGCUGGUCAAAUCAAGACUGGUGCCCCGGCCCGUGGCGAGCGCCUGGCCAAGCUCAACCAGAUCCUCCGUAUCGAGGAGGAGCUUGGUGACAAGGCCAUCUACGCCGGCGAGAACUUCAGAACCUCGGUCAACUUGUAGAUUGUUGAGCGGUCCCAUUUUGUUGUGUUCUUGUGAGCGAUGAUGGAAUGGGAUGGAAUGGGAUGGGACACGGGUAUAGGGUAUACUCAUAUAGUUGCUUGCUAGGUAUAGCCCUGAACCAAUCAAAGAUUGUUAGUUGCUGGUCGAUUUAGAAACCGUGAUUCAUACUAGUACGGCAGUCACUCAGGGUUACAAUCAACAAGCCAGUCACUCAGUCACUCAGUCAUUCAGUUACGAGAUAGAUUCUAUCAGCUUAAAUAGCCAGUAGGUAGUGUAGUGUAGCCCCCGUCAGACGAGUAGUAGUUAUCCUUGAGUUGACUGGUCAUAAGUAAAAUAUUGCUUAUAUUGACA